CGCCCCUCCACGUCAUCACCACGCGUCAAACACACGUCGCCUCUGUUAGGUCUACGUGAACAACACCCUGAAGAUUUAGGUACACACCCCUCAAACAAACACCUGCUGGUAACCUGCAUGUUGUGAGGUUACCAGUCAUGUUGUCCAAAACGGAGGAGAGGAAACCAGGGAAAGGGGGAGAAAAUAAGAGGAGGCACCCCGAUGACGAUGGCCUAGGAGGAGAGAAGAAGAGGAGAGGAGGAGAAGAAGGAGAAAAGGGAAAAGAUGGCAGGAAGCGUCUGGAUGCUAUGAGUGUUGGCUAUUUCCGCAGAGUCGGGGAGAGACUCAGUGAAGGUUUUGCAGAUGAUCAGGAGAGAGAGAUGUUUGUGGAGAACGUCCUCUCAGAAGUGAAAGGUAAAGCGAGCCUGGUGGCGAUGGACCAGACAGGAAGCAUCACUCUGCAGCGCCUGCUCCCGCUUUCCAGUCUUGAGCAGGUGGGGGAGGUGCUGACUGAACUGGGUGGAGAAUCAGGUUCAGAGUUGAAGGAUGUUUCUUGUGACCGGUGCGGUGGCCACGUAGUGGAGAGUGCCAUCAGACAGGCGUCCAGGUUGAUGGGAUCACCACAGAAGGAGGCAUCAGAAGAAGAAGAGGAGGAGAGUGCUGGAGUGCUGGAGACCCAGGUGUUGUCUUUAAGUCAGGUAGUGAGAGAAAACAAUGAAGACUUCAUCAAACACGCUCACGGCUCACACGUGGUCCGCACUCUUUUACACUUGCUGGCAGGCUGUCUCGGACCCCCACGCACUGAAACCCGUCCAGGUCUAAAAGAACGCAACGUCACUCCUCAGCUGACAGACUUUGAGAUUCCCACGUCGUUUUGGUACGAGCUGAAAAACCUCACAGAGACCUUGAUGGACAACGUUAACUUAAGUGUCACUGAUUCAGUGGCCAGUGCAGUGUUCCAGACCAUGCUGACCGUGUGUCACAGAAAAAGGCCCAAACUCUGUAAACAGCUCCUGAAACGCAUCACCGAGUAUCUGACGAGUCGCAGCUCUGCUCCUGGAGUAAGUCCACUUCUGGUUUUUCUCAAGGACCAGGCCUCCAGUCACCUCACUGAGACCAUCAUACAGCUAUCCCAUAAGUCUCUGCUGCGCGACCUCUACAAGAACCACCUCAAGGGUCAGCUGGUCGACCUAGCCCUCCAUCGGAUCGCCAACUUCCCCAUACAGAGGCUCAUCGCCGCUUCGGCCAAAUAUACAAUGUUCCUGAAUUUGUUCGACGAGCUACUCGAAGGUGCUGAGGCCAUCCUGGCGUCGGGUCACAUGGGUGUGAUCGUGCAGAUGGCAGAGAGCUGUGCAGAGAGUCAAGAGAAACAGGAUGACAUGAUGAAGUGCCUCCUGGGUGCUUUCCACUGCGCGGAGCCCGGCUCUCGACACACCAGCUGCCUUCCUCUCUUCAUGUCCCUGCUCACCUACGAGGUGUAUUACCACUCUGACACAGCAGAGGGCGGCAUAGACAUGCAGGUCCCGCUGUCCUCCAUCUGUUACCACGGCUCCCGGCUGGUGCAGGCGCUGGCCAGGUUCAAGGAGCGCUCUCUCCUCCUCAACAGUCUGCGCUCUCUGACCCCCGCUGACCUUCUGACGCUGGCCUCCGACCCCUCGGGCAGCCACGUCCUCCAGGCCCUCAUCACCACAUCCAGCGACAAGGGCAGAGGCAAGAUCCUCAAGAGGCUGGAGGGUCAAUAUGUUCAAAUGGCCUGCUCCAGGUUAGGCAGUCGGGUCGUGGAAGCCAUAUGGAACAGUGCUUCAGUCAAUCAGAGGCAAAGCAUCGCACAGGAACUAGUGCCGAGCGAAAACCAGCUGAGGUCAGAUCAGUUUGCGCGCCACGUUUGGGCCAAAUUUGCUCUCUCACACUUCAUCCAAAGACGAGCUCACUGGCAGGAAAUCCAGACUGGCGAGUCCAAGAAGCGGAAACUCUUCAGUGACAUUAUUGAGUGAAAAAUAAAUUUGUAAUCUUUUAAUGCCUCCCCCCAUAUAAUUAGAUGAAAAAUAAUAAAAAAGAAAAUAUUCUUUAUUUGUGUGCAGAAUUAAUUGAUAAUAUUUUAAGUAUGGCAAUGUCAGCUAUUGAGUCAUUUACAGUAGUUCUAAUUACAUUUGUUCCAUUGGAUGUACUUGUAAGGAGAAAUUUGGCCACUAGGGGCUGCUGGUGGAACAUUUAUACUCGGUCUCUUCUUUUCUUUGAGGUUCAGCUUUUCAAAUGAGCAGAGCAACACAAUCUCAAAUUUGUGAUCAUGAAGUCAAAUAGAAAACCCUCCAAGGACACACAGCUGACACUGCAUUUUUUUUCAAAUCUUAUUUUGAGUGUAAUGUUUGAUUUUUAUGCCUGUCCGCCGGUGAUAGCUAUGGCAAGAGGCAUUAUUUUUUUGGGUUGACUGUCUGUCCGUCCCAUUCUCAUGAAUGCAAUAUCUCAUGAAUACUCAGAGCAGAGGAAAUUUCAUUACAUCAAUUUUGUCCACUCAAAGAUGAACUGAUUAGAAUUUGGUGGUCACGGCAUUUUAUAUUUAAAUGGUCAAAGGUCAAUUUCACCAUGACAUCAUAAUGUUCGGCAAAAAUACUUUUCUAGCUAUUAUUCAACACCAUAACUCAGGAGCAGAAGGGGAGAUUUUGACCAUAUUUCACACUUGGUUGCAAUACUGAAUUGGUGUUGCUACUCUUGGGUGUCCGCCUUUAAACUGUGGUGAUUGUUUAGAGUUUGU